AUGUACACGAAACUUGUUCGUGAAUCAGAUUCGAUCAACUUUGAGACACCUGCUAAGUUCACACUUACAGCAAAAUACGAUCAUUUAUAUACAUAUGGUGAAUUUCUUAAAUUUACGCCGACAGAUGUCCAAACAACAUUUGGCGGCUGCUAUAAGAGUUCUGUAGGUAAAUUUGAAUUUGCUAGGCUUCAACAAGAUAACUUUAAUGUCCGCAUCAAACCAAAAUUAAAUUAUAUUGUUGGUCCUGUUAAGCUUCGUGUUGGAUUUAAGAACAAAGCACACUUAAAAUACGAAUACAAGUUCAAACAGCCAUACGUACCAACAAUUAAAACCGAUACAAAAGUUGUUUUGAAGGAUUUAUUCGAAGAAGCUCCAAAAUUUGAAAUUUACACAGAAAACGUCUUCACUUAUAAGAUUUCAAGCUUAAUGGCUUACUAUUCCAGAAAAGGAAACUUAAACAACACAGAAAUAUCAGCCCAUCUCAAUCUUCCUCAAUUUUCUGCUGCAGUUUUCACAAACUUCAAUCAGAAGAGCUACGGAGUCAUUGGAACAUCAGAGAUCAAUAAAUAUCCAGUUGCUUUCCAAUUGAAAAAUACUCCUCAAGGAUUUGACUUCAGAGUUGGCGGAAAGAUCAAAGGAGUCCAGAAUAGUCUUUCCCUUUACAUACAGAACAUUACAACUCUUUGUGCAAAGAUUGAACUUCAUUUCUCGAAACCAUUGACAUUUACAGGCUGGAUGAAGACUCUUGUGACUAACACAGAGAAUGCUACAUAUGGUUUCAAUAUCAACCUUGACUAUGAUAAAUUAAAAUAA